GAAAGCCCCGUUCAGCGCUCGUCGUGUGGUGGGUGCAGGGAGAGAGAUAUUUCCUAAUAUUUUACAACGAUUGUUGGCUUCGCCUGGCAUGUUAUUGAAGAGAGAACCACCGUAUUGCUGACUGAUGCGUCAUCUGCUGAACUUUCGUCGAUUAGAGAUGAGUACAUGAACGUAAACUAAUUGAUACUUUUUGGUACAUGAUUGUAAUCAAUAUGGAGACUUUGGAAAAUGGAGAAAAUGCAAUGCAGAACUCAGUUGAUCAGAACAAGUUGGAUCUCACAAUUACGGAAAUGGAUACAAAUGCUGAUGAAUCUGAGACAAAAUUAGAUGAAACAAGCAGAACUGAACCUACUGAUGAAACUAAGCACCUAGAAUCAAAGACAAAUUCUAAUAUUAGCGAUGAUGUCAAGGCUAAACAGCAAACUGAAUCAAACAGGAAGGAAACUGACAUAGAAACAGUAAAACUUCAAAUAAGUAAACUUGAAGCGGAACAAAACAUUGAUGAAGCAAUCGAUGCCAAGAGUCCUGCCAACGAAACACGGAGCACAGAAACAAGAUCCUCAUCAUUGUCUGUUAGCAAAGACCUCAAGAUCACCGAAGAAGAAAUAAAAGGGGAAAGUGUCUCUAAGGAGGGGAGGAGAAAACGUAGAAUAUCAAGUGUACAAGGAGGAGACUUGUCUGCGGACAAAAAUGAGCGAGUUAACAAACCCAAACGAUCUAAGAGUGAUUCAGACAAGUUUUGUUGGCGCUGUCAUAAAGAAGCUGUUGACAGCCAGUGUACAGCCUGUCCUCGUUCAUGGCAUCGUAGAUGCAUGGGUGGAGGCCCAGCACCAACGUCUGAGAAUUGGAUCUGCGGGGAGUGUGCUGCGAUUUUAAAAGCUGAAAAUGCUGAAACACGUUCACCUGCUAUGACACAGUUAUCUGUGGAGCAGCUCUGUACCCUUUUGAAACACGUAGUUGGAAGAAUGCGGGAUUAUCCAGGGUCAGAGCCAUUCUGGAAGGCAGUAGAUCUCACUGAAGUUCCCAACUAUUUGGAUUACGUUGUUAAGCCAAUGGAUUUGAGUUUGCUAGAGUCCAACGUUCGCUCAAAGCUCUAUGGAAGCACCGAAGCUUUUAUGGCUGAUGCCAAGUGGAUUCAACAUAAUUGCAUUGUAUUUAAUACUUGUGGUGGCGUUUACACAGAUACUUCUAAAUUAACGAAUGCUGCAAGGCAAAUCAUAAAAGCUGCUAGACAAGAGGUAUCUGAAAUUGAAGCUUGUCCCGAUUGUUAUGGACAUGCACGAAAUCUGCCUAGACCUCAACCAGCAUGGUUCGUCGAACCAUGCCGAAGACCACAUCCACUAGUCUGGGCAAAGCUGAAAGGAUUUCCUUUCUGGCCAGCAAAGGCCAUGUCUCGAGUUAAUGGCCAAGGUCAUGUAGAUGUACGUUUCUUUGGAGCUCAUGAUCGGGCUUGGGUAUCUCCUCGAGAUCUGUACUUAUACUCUAAAGAUCCUCCUGUCCCAUUACCACGCAAACGAAAAUCAGAUAUGGAUGAAUGCGUCCGUGAAUUAACGCGACAUUGUCGCAAGUUGGAAAUGGCCUUUGGACAAUUCAAAUUUGCACCACCAAAAAUACAAUAUAAUCCCAGAGAUUUAUCUCAAAUAACGUUAAUGCUGCCAAACUAUGACCCUUUUGUGCCCGGUAAUUUAACAGCAUCUUUGAGUCCUCCGCCACGCAGAAAGGGACCUUUGAGAAAACGGUCGCUGAUUCUUAAGAAAAAAUCUCCAACCAGGGAGGCGCUCAUGAACAAUAGUUCAGAUUCUGCUAAUGAAUCUACACCGAGAAAAGAUUCUGAAAGUGAUUGUGACAAAUUCAUUGAGGCGGCCAGAAUUCCACUAGUUCCAUCCACGACUGAAACUAAAACAGACCAAUCCAAACCAGUAUUGUCCAGUAAACGUGCUGAUCUUCAAAAUGAACCUCAAAAAUUACCUGCUAAUGGAAUUUCUCAUAAAAACAAAAAACCUGGAUUAAAACGUGGGAACAUUAUUAAAAAACAAGGUGUUGAAAUCCAGAUAGAGAACAAAAAUCACUCAGUAAGUAAGGGUAGUGACGGUCAUAGCAGUUCUGAAAAUGAAAUUGCACUGGAUAUUAGACAAUCCUUGAAGUUGGUUGAUGACACCUCACAUGAAGAGAAACCUUUACCAUUGGAGAUUGAAAAAAAAUCUCAGAAAUUACAAAAAAAUGAUAUUGAAUCACUGCCGGAAUCAAAAAUCAAAUUAAAAAAUAAUCAGAAAAUAAAUAAAAACCAAGCCAAAGGCUAUAAACCGAAAACUAGAAUGGUUAAUCAGGUAAUUGCGGAACGAGCCAAGGCUACAGCUGCCAACCAGCCACAAGUGUUACCCGAACCUAUACAAGAUGAGAAUUCUUACAGAGAUCAAACACCAGUUGCUAGUGUAUCAUCAAGAUCAAUCAGUACUGAUUCCUCUGCCAAUCUAACCGACACCAUAGCUAAUUCUUCAUGUAGCUCGAAUAAUACAGCAGAUGCAAUUCCUAAUACUAUUGUUAAUACAAAUUCAUUAACGGCUAUAGCUAUGACUGCGUCAGGUUCGAUUCCUACAAUUGUUAAUGCUGGAAAUACUGCUGAGUCUGUAAUGACUUCAAUUUUAUUAAGGAACAACACUCCAUCAGAGGCUGGAAAAAGAGCGAAAUUAAUCAAAGAUUCCUUUACAAUGAACGAAGCAUCAGCCAUAAUUAAACAGGAACCUAAGGAACAACACCAACACCAACCACUAAAGAAGGAGUCCAAGGCACGUAAAUCCUUCCUCAAUAAGCCUCCAGUUUUCCCUCAAAUUCCAGCACCGUCCCCACCAAAAGCUCCAGCAAGUCCACCUGAUGCGAUGGUUUACAUUCCUGGACAUAGAACAGAAAAUGAAAGUGAUCAUUUGUUACUACCUCCAGAGGCAGGUCCUCUCAGUGCUCAGCUUCAUCGUGGAGGUCAGGACUUAGCUAGGCGAAUGGCACAACUGAUGGUAGAAGCUCUUGCCGAGGCAGCUCAAGUAGAUUCAAAUCAUCCUGAUAAUUCUGAAAUUAAUCAACGAGCAACAGUACACUAUCUCAAACUACAGAUAGAACGAAUGAGAUGGCAACAUCAACAGCAUCUAGCUGAACUGAAGCAUAAUACAGAUCUGAAAUUAAGGGAAAUGAAAGCGAGCUGGGAGGCUGAACGAUAUAGAGCAAUUGAAGAAACUCGACGUGAAGCAGAAGAAGAGCGGUUAAGAAGUAUUGAAGAGACGAAACGAAAACAAUGGUGUGCAUUGUGCGGAAAUGAAGCUUUAUUUUACUGUUGUUGGAACACGGCAUACUGUGAUUAUCCAUGCCAGCAAGCUCAUUGGUCCAGCCACAUGCGGACUUGUGCUCAAAAUCCACCUCCAAACACCAUUAUUACUGCAACUGCGAACGUCAAUCAACAGCAGAACGGUUUUAUCAAACCAUGUGCUCCAGGUGGUAACAUAUACACUCUCCAAAAUGGUGAGUUCAGACUUGUGCCAACUACAAUACCAUGUCCAACAAUCAAAGCUAUUAAAGUACAGCAACACUGAAAUACCGAGGUAUGUCGUUUGGUCAUUGACGAGAUAUUAACAUUAUGUUAAUACCACAAGUAAGUGGCAAAGUGGCAAUUAUAUUUAUAUUAUUAUAUUAUAAUCGAUUUAACAUUCUACGGUUGUAAAAUUUCUGUGGCAGCAAAGUAUGAGAUAUCAUUUCUAUAUCUUCAUGGUAUUUUCGGUACUCUUGAACGACCACGGCAUGCAAAAAAUUUUGUUGAAAGGGCAAAGAUUGAUAACAUUUUGUACUUCUGACCCUUCUAAUAUCGGCUCCGAGUUUUGGGCUGAAUUUGUUCUUAUGAAAAGCAUAUGAAUUCGCAGCAGAUAAGUUUUGAAAUUAUAAGGGAUUGGAGGAAAUUUUUCGAUUUGGUUAAUUUGAGUGAUUACAAUCCACUUGAUGAAAUAUCGGGAAGUUCUUGCGUGUGCUUUUGUAAAUGAAUUCCGGACGCUCUAAUUAGCUCAUAGUUUACCUGAGAUUAUGAAAUGAAAUUUAUUUCAAGCUAAACAUUGUUAUCAUAGUCAUGGAUUAUAGAUCAUUACAUCGUAAGUGAAUAUGAUCAUAGCAUCGAAUAACCGAAUUUCUACUUAAUUGAGAAGUAAAGCAUAUUUAUCUUGUAUGGCAUCAAAAAAUGAAUCUGCAGCGAAACGUAGCGGUGUAUCUAUUUAAACUUUUAUUAUUAAUAUCUUAAUUAUUUAUUAAUAAGCACUCCGCAAUCUGAUUAUGGUAGACAAACAGAAAGAUUAUAUAUCUUUAUAUACAUAUGUAUGUAUAUCUAUUGAUAAUUUGAAGCUCGAUCACCUACGACAAGAGCGUGUAUUUUUACAAUCUUGGAAGUGAUGAUGUUUUGAUUACAGCAUCGUUAAAUGCGUGGAGAAAUUAUCUCUCGUAUUGAGGAUGUAUGUUAUCCAGUGACUUGCUGAUAAAUUUGCACACUAUGACAAAAAUUCGUCCCUUAAACACGACUUGCAAGGUAACUAUGUUGAAUUGUGUCGACCGUCACAAAAAUAUUUUUCGUUUUAAGGGGCAAACCAUCCUCGUGUGUGUGUUUUAAAAAGUCACGAGACGGGAAUGACCCGAAUAAUGCUCCUCUUAUCCUUUGUAGAUAAGCUCUUUCAUUAUAAGUGAUUCAUGUAGAAUCAAUUGUUAAUACGAACAUUAUUCAGUAGUUUCAGGGCCUAGAAAGAUUUCUAAGCUUAUACAUUCGUUAGUACACCAUACAACAAUAUAAAUGUAGUCCAUUAAUUGUUAUGUACCACAUAAGUAAAACAACAAUACAUUUUAUUUCCUAAAA